AUUCAGGCCGAAGUCUCAAGCAUCAGGCGGCGGCGUGGUCGCGAGUUCCCCAGUGGAGCUUCCGCGCGCGCGGAUGUCGGUCGCUCUGGUCAGCCUCCAGUUGAUGCUGGUUUGGGGCGUGGUGCAGUUUGCCUCCGCAUGCUACAUCGUCGCUCGCUCGUUCCCCGGGGAGAGCAUCCGCGACUCAUGUAAGUCUGCUGCACGUCGGGGCCGUAGUGCCAUAGCGUCCGUGCGUGAACAUCUGCUCCAACCUUCUGAGCGAGACCCCAUGGAAAAGAAAAUACGGCAGAUGAUGGUAAUGUCCCGGCUUGAAGUCUGCACGAACAUGCUGCCCCUCGCUCUGUUCUUGAACACCCUGCUGUUGCUCAAUGUUCUCCGCCGACGUCGCCUGUGGACUGUUUCGGCCUGGUUUUGGUAUGAGGUGCCCUCCGACGUGGACUUGGCGCAGCUAAGGUCUGAAUGUUUUUUGGUUAUGUUCAGGCACCUGAUCACACUUCUUUUUUGCACGUGCCCGCAACUUAGGAAUCCCACCUUCAUUCGUUUCGGAUUCGCCAUGGUGUAUGUGCGGCUUGCGAUUGAGGCAACUGUGCAGAACGGAAUUGGAUUCGCCACUUGGGUGGCCAGUACAGCACCGGUGCGUCUCGGGGCCAGUGUCAUGCUCGGCGAGCUCGCGACGUCCACGUAUCUGAACGUGCUGCUCUCUGCGCUGUGCUACAGCUGCCACGCUGCAGAUUGGCACGCCAGCUUCCACAUGUACCUCUGCGCUGCCAUAUGGAGCACCAUCUACGGCAUAGACUGCGCCCGGUACGCGCAGUUCCGGGCCGUGCUGGAGGCCAGGAAGUCGCAGAGCGUGGAGGCUGCAGCGGACGGGCUGCUCUCCCAGCUGUGCGACGCGGUGGUGCACCUGGGGGAGGACCUGCGGAUCACCCAACCGUCGCCUCAGCUCGCCGGUAUACUCCUCCGCCCGUGCUGCAGCGGGCUGAAGACUGCGGACUUCCUCGACUUCUUCACCUGCGGGGCGGAGUCCGAGCGUGCGCGGGGCUUCCUCCUCCGCGACGCUCCCGGCGCCGCUAUGCUGCACACGUCCCUGAGGGACUCCGUCGACGCCGCUGUGCCGGUGCAACUCUUCCACGUAUGCGGCCAGGACUUCGACGAUCAAAUCUUCCACGUGGUGGGCGUGCGGGAGGACGCGGAGUCUUUCAGGGUGCCUCCAGACUCGCGGUCUCAGCACGACUCCUUGGUCCUGGCGCCGCCUGCGGAGCACACGCCCUCCGACGCGGAGAGCGUGAGGACGCUGCAGCUGGAGGACCACCGCGGGGACCUCGUCGUGUACUUCCGGCUGUUCGAGGCCGGCUACCCCGUGGAGAGCUGCUCCGCCGGCUUCACGCUGCUGAGCGGACCGUCGACCCACGGGACGAGGCUGCUGGAGUGGGUCGUCAGCACGGAGAGCUUCCUCCAGUGCGUGCGAGAGCUCGGCGGCAGCGUCCUGCGCACGGGGCCGGUCGCGUGCCCAAGGCGGUCCGUGCGCGUGCGGCUCCGGCCGCCGCACCUGCACCGGCUCGGCGAGGAGCUGAGCGCGGAGGCGGUGCUCUCGGUGCUGCACAGUGGCAGCGACGCGGACGCCGAGCCGUGGACGGCCAUGAUGGAGCUGCGCGACACCAAGGUGGUGAGGUACCGGACCAGGAGCGAGAGGGGGCAGAUCAGGCCUCCCUCGAAGACGGCCUCCGUCGAGAGCAUCGAGGAGUCCUCGGAUGAGGUCGACGUGCUCGAGGAUAUGGACGUGUACAUCAAGGUGCUCGAAGACGGCUACCCUGUCACCGAGUGCUCUCGUCAUUUUGCCUCACUAGUCGGACUGCCCGAGGUCGAGAUCAGGCUGCUAGAUUUGUUGGUCGACGCGGAGACAUUCAUCACGCAGGCGCAGAUAGUGUGUAACAGUGCGUUCAGAGGUGACUUCACUGCCACGUGGGAAUGCCAGAGCGUGUACUUGAAGCGGCCUCGUAAAGGCACAAGCCACCGGAGCUCUAGGCUCCGUGCUACGGUUAAGCUCAGCGUCGACCACAACAGCGCCGCCCUCGACAUCAGCGAGUGGACGGUCAGGGUCAAGCUUCACGACGUCACGAAGGCGCCGCGGCGUGCUCGGACGGAAGGACCACGGACAGGAGGACCACCUGCUCUGCAGGCCUCUGCGCGGGAAGGGCACCCCGAUGGCGUGGGCCCGAGUGGCAGCCUGCGCCGCAGGCAGCCCGGCACCGCUCCGGCAGGCGAUCAUGGCCAGCGGCCUGCAUCACCGGGCCCUGCUGCUCCGCUCACGGGAAGCUGACGCGGCCUGCUCGGACUGGAGGACCGCGGCCCGGAGGUCCCAUGGCUCUGCAGGCCUCUGCCUGGGAGAGGCACACUCCGCUGGCGCGGGCCCGACUGGCAGCCUGCGGCACAGGCGGCCGAGGGCCGCCCCGGCGGGCGAUCGUGGCCAACGGAGAACCCUCCGGAGAGCCUGAAGAGGCGCGCCCGUCAUCGGAGCAGGAAGUUCUCCAGCAUUUUUGGUGUUGCUCUGGAGAACCCUCCGCGAAAGUGAUGCGUACCUAU